AUGGCAACGCGGAGCAGUGCCAGUACCAGUAAUAACAAAAACAAUAAGAACAAUAAAAGUGAUAAUAACAACAACAAGAAGAAAAAUGAAGUCCUGAAUAGUUCCAAUAGUAGUGCAAAUAUAAGCAAUAAAGGUAGUAGCCCUGCAGUCCCAAACGUUAGUGGAACUGUAUUAAACACAAGGUCUAGGCACAGAAAAAUCUCUGUUAAGCAAAAAUUAAAGAUAUUUUUACCCAAUGAUUUGAAAAAUUUGGAGCAAAAUGAAUUACAACAACGUGAUGUUGUCGAUCAUAUUGAAACUGGUGUUGAAAAGAGUGAGGAGAAGGAAGUUCAUUUACACAGAAUACUAACUCAACAAAAGAAAUUCGAUUCACAUGAAAACACAAAUGAUGAUGAUAAGACACAGAAUAACGAGAAGGCUUAUAUCCCAACGCCUUCUACCAGAAAAGGUUGGGAUGAAUUUAACUCCUUUUAUCAUGGAAACUUUAUUCAGUCAAAAAAUUUCAUCAAAUUUUCCGCUACUGUAGAAGAUUGUUGUGGUAUAAGUUAUAAUAUGGAUGAAACAGAUGAUGGAUUUUUGAAGAAUUAUAACCAAAAAUUAGUAGAUAGUAGCUCUGAUUCGGUAUCUAAUAAACAACCUUUAAACGAGGAUGAAUUUGAAUUAUUAUGUGCUACCUUUGAACAUGGUAUCAAAGAAAGACAACCGUUUUUAUCAAUGGACGCAGAGAGCAUUCUAUCUUUUAGUGAAUUAAAGCCCACUUUAUUAAAAUUGAACUUUGCUAAUCUUGGCCUAAAAGCAAAAUUAGCCCAUGAACUGAAUUAUUCAACUGAUGAAAAGUUUCUAACACAAUACGAUCCAACACAAGUAGACAAUGUACGACCAAUUCACCAACUGCUGGAGAUCUAUGGGAAUGAUAUCUAUGAUCAUUGGAAAUUAAGAAAAAUCGAUGCAAAUGGUGGUGAAAUUUUCCCACAACUGAAAUUUGAAAAACCAGGCGAGAGAGAAGAAGUCGAUCCAUAUGUUUGUUUUCGUAGACGUGAAGUUAGACAUCCAAGAAAAACACGUAGAAUUGAUGUCAUUAAUAGCCACAAACUGAAAUUACUGUACAGAGAAUUGCAACAUGCUAAGAAUAUGGCUUUGCUUGUAGCUAAACGUGAGCUAAGUGCGUAUAAAUUAUUACAAAGUGAAUCUAAAGUUUUGGAUGAUAGAUUGAAGAUCAUAUCAUUAAAAAGAUCUUUAGAUAUUAGUGGCGAUGAUGAUGAUUUGAUUAAUCAUAAAAGGAGACGUCCUAAUAUUUUGACAAUAGAAAGAAGACAACAGAUUGAAAAGGAGGAAGCUGAAGCAAUAUUAAAGAAGAAUGCUGAGCUUGCUUCUAUACAGUCAGCUACUGCUAAAUCAACUGAUUUUGAUGAACCUUUAUCUGUAUCUGCCAAUAAGCAUGUCGAUAAUAAUAAUAAAAAUAAUAAAAAGGUGUCAUCCACAAAUCUCGCUGAAAUUGACGUCACAGCUACGGCUACCACUUCUGCUACAACAAAACGUAAUGGCAGAAACAAAUUAACAAAAAAACAACUAGAGCAGUUAGCCAAAUCUGGCGAAAAACUAACUAAGCAACAAUUAGAACAAUUACAAAUUCAAUCAUCUGAUUCUAAAGUUGAAGUGAAGUCAAAAGCACCAACUUCAUCUCAAAAAAAACAGGAGCAAAAAUCCCAACAACAACAACCCUCAAUUGCUACGCAUGUGUAUGUCAAGUUGCCGUCAUGUAAGAUUCCUGAUAUUGUUCUUGAUGAUGUUGAUACAAUAUUGAAUCAGAAGGAGAAAAGUGCACGUAGAUUCGUCCAUGAUAGAAUGGAAAAACGGAAAGUUGAGGAUGGUGAUCAAUACUUUAAUCUUACGGAUGAUCCAUUUAAUCCAGUAUUCGAUAUCACUUUACCAAAGAAUGUUGAUUCUACAACAGCUCCAUUUGCAUCAAUUGCCUCGUCUAAGUUUUCAAUUGAUAAUUCGUAUUAUGUCCCAAAUCUUGACGAUUAUCUUCAAGGAAAUACAAAAGAUAUUAAUGCUUUCAAUAAAGACGGUGAAAAGAUAGUUAAUGAUAACUUAUCGUACAUCAAAAAAGUAGAAAUUUAUAAUCCUUUCCAAACUCAUAAUGAGAUUUAUUCAAGAGAGUAUCCAGUUAAAUUUAGAAGACGGUACGGUCGUAAUCAUAUCCAGUAUGUUGAUAGAAAGCCAAAUUAUAACUCUACUGAAAUCAGUAAGGAUGAAACAAAUGAAAUGAUGAAUCAAUUUUUUGACUUUGAUGCAAUUGAGGAAGAAACGAACAAAGUUGAUGAGUAUAUCAAUGUAUAUGAGUCUAAGGCCGAUGAGUUAACAAGAUUUUAUGAAAAAUGGAAAUAUGAUUCUCCAUUGAAUGAAUUUGGAAGUAAAUUUUCAGAGAGCCCAUCGCAUUUGAAUCAAAUUUCAAAUAAAACACAGGUCAUUAGAUUCGGUACUAUGCUAGGGACAAAAUCAUAUGAACAAUUAAGAAAAGCUACUCUAAAAUUCCGUAGAGAAUAUAUCAAUAAUUUGAAACAACAUCAGAAAGUGAUUCAAAAGCAACAACUACAAAAGAUCCAAACUCUUCCCAAAAAUGUAUCCAACUUGAAUCAAAAAUCCAAUAGCAAUUCAAGACAAACAUCUAAGACACCAAGAAUAAAGAAUGAAAGUAAAGUUCCCAGUAUAUCUCAAGAAAAAGCAAAUAACGCAUAA